AUGAACAUCCUGGGAGCUCUUAAAUUCUGCCAGACCUUUUGGGGUGCUAUCCUUUCCGGGGAGGCGAGCAUCUAUUUUGUAUCCACUGCUGCUCCGAGCUCCACUGCUGAUUUUGCCAGGGACCAACCAAACCCAUUGGCACCCACAGCCCCCACCCCUGCAUUGACAUCCUCUUCUAGCUCUGUAUCAACCACCAUACCAACAGGCUUUCCAAUUCCUGCAAACACCAUGCCAAAACCAACAACCAUCCCUUGGACCAUGCUGAACCAACAGCCAUCCUUCCAUGCGAACCAACAGUAUCCCUUUGCCCCAGCCGGAACCAACAGCCAUCCCCUGGACCAUGCCAGAACCAACAGCAAUCCCUUUACCGUGACCCGAACCAACAGCCAUCCCUUACACAUCAGAACCAACAGCGAUCCCUUUGCCCCAGUCGGAACCAACAGCGAUCCCUUUGCCCCAGCCGGAACCAACUGCGAUCCCUCUGACCAUGCCAGAGCCAACCGCAGUCCCUUUGCCCCAGCCAAAACCAACUGCAAUCCCUUUGACCAUGCCCGAACCAACAGCCAUCCCUUACACAUCAGAACCAACAGCGAUCCCUUUGCCCCAGCCGGAACCAACUGCGAUCCCUCUGACCAUGCCAGAACCAACAGCAGUCCCUUUGCCCCAGCCAAGAACCAACAGCAAUCCGUUUGA